UGUCUCCGUGCAGUAAGAGACAUAUUCGAGUAGCUAUGGAUUGGAUAAGCGAAGCAAAGAGAAACAAGAAGAAGAUCAUAAUUGGUGUCUUGGCUGUGUCGAUUGUGACUCUAAUCCUUGGCCUUGGACUCGGUCUCGGACUGGAUUUGCAGAGAUGUCAAAACCAAGUCACGCCCCUCACAUCCUGCAGGAAUAGAUGUUAUGAGCCUUUUGACAACGAGAAACCUGGCUGCAGAUGUGAUGAAAACUGCGUCGCCGCCAACAGCUGCUGCUUUGACCACUAUGACAUCUGCACUGCUCCUACUGAGCAGUGGGAAUGCACAAACGUGCGCUGUGGCGAGAAGAGGCUGACGCAGAGCAGGUGCCACUGUUCAGAUGACUGUCUUUCUGCUGGAGACUGCUGCACCAACUACAAACACGUCUGCCACGGAGAGAAACAGUGGGUUGAAGAUACGUGCGAUGACCUGUCAACCCCCACGUGUCCCGCAGGCUUUAAGCAGCCGCUGCUCCUUGUGUCUUUGGAUGGCCUCAGGGCAGAGUAUCUGCAGACAUGGAGUGCACUCAUCCCUGUCCUGGAUAAACUCAGAAGGUGUGGAACGUCAGCUCCAUUCAUGCAGUCCGCAUUUCCCACAAAGACUUUUCCCAAUCACUACUCCAUUGUUACGGGUCUCUACCCAGAGUCAAAUGGUCUGAUUGACAAUACCAUGUAUGACCCGGUGUUCGAUGCCACCUUCUCCCUGUCCAGUCCAGAGAAAAAUAACCCCGACUGGUACCUUGGACAACCUAUUUGGCACACAGCAAAGUCCCACGGACUGAAGUCUGGGACUUUCUUCUGGCCUGGAUCGGAUGUGAAAAUCGCCGACAGUUUUCCUGACAUCUACGUACCUUAUGACGGUACCGUGCCGUUUGAAGAAAGAGUAUUCACUGUGCUGAAGUGGCUGCAGCUGCCGGCUAAUAAAAGGCCGGAUUUCUUUACGCUGUAUCUGGAGGAGCCGGAUAAAUCUGGACACAGCUACGGUCCUGUGAGUGGAGGGAUUAUUACAUCACUCCAGGGUGUGGAUAAGAUCAUUGGUCAGCUCAUGAAUGGACUGAAGCAAAUUAAUCUACACCGCUGUCUCAACAUCAUUAUUGUGGCUGACCAUGGUAUGGAGGAAACAAGCUGUGAAAGAAAGGAAACAAUGAAGGAACUCGUGGGCGAUACCAGCAUGUAUGUGGUAACUGAGGGUCCCAUUGGACGCAUCAGAGCCAAGAGCAAAGACGCACUGUGGGACUCUGCUGGACUUGUUGCUAAUAUGACUUGUAAGAAGCCAGACCAAAAAAUCAAGCCGUACCUGAAGGCGAACCUACCAAAGCGCCUUCACUUUGCCAACAGUCGUCGCAUUGAAGAUGUCAGCAUCCUGGUUGACACUAAAUGGCUGUUUGAGAGGGAUCCAGGCUCUCUCACAUUCUGCUCUGGUGGUAACCACGGCUAUGACAAUGACUUUGAGAGCAUGCAUGCCAUGUUUAUCAGUUACGGCCCCAAGUUUCAGAAGGAAAAAGAGAUUGAGCCUUUCUCCAAUACUGAACUUUACAAUCUAAUGUGUGAUGUCCUCGAGGUUUCUCCUUCCAGCAAUAAUGGAACUCACGGCAGCAUGAAUCACGUAUUGCAGCAGCCCUACUACACACCAGUGCACCCCGCUGAACAAAGUGAGCCCGCUCAGUGUCCACUGGUCAGCCUAAACCCUGAAGACAACCUGGGAUGCUCCUGUGGUGAGGUGGAUGAAACUGAUAUCAACAAACGACUGAAUCUGAGUGCAGAGGAGGCAUCCGCUGCAGAAAAGAAGCACGCGCUUUUUGGUCGACCCCGGAUGCUGCAACCUGACCAAAGUUAUUGCAUCCUCUACCAGGAGGGAUUCAUCAGCGCCUAUAGCCACAAAGCCCUGAUGCCCCUGUGGAGCUCUUUCACCAUUGACAAGCCUAAUAACCUGGACCCGUUGCCUUCAGUCACACCAGAUUGUUUUCGGGCUGAUGUGAGAAUUUCAGCAUCUCAGAGUCCCAGAUGUGAUCAGUACCGGUAUACUGCUGCUGGAAACCUGCAUUCAGCCUUUUUGUACCCACCCAAUCUUAAUACAACGACAGACCAGCAGUAUGAUGCUUUACUGAUGAGUAAUGUGGUACCAAUGUACCCCGAGUUUAAGAGGAUCUGGGACUAUUUCCACAACACACUGCUUAAGAAAUAUGCCUCCAUUUACAAUGGCAUGAAUGUGGUAUUGGGUCCAGUGUUUGAUUACAACUAUGACGGACAAUUUGACACUCCAGAGCAGAUCCAGCAGUUUCUUCCUGGUACAAACAUCUCCAUCCCCACACACUACUUUAUUGUGUUGACCAGCUGCAGGGACUCUGCUCAAAGCGUGACUUCCUGUGACAGCGAGCUGCAGACUGUAUCCUUCCUCCUCCCUCACAGAGCUAACAACCUGGAAAGUUGCAAAAGUACAGAAGCAGAAUCUCAGUGGGUUGAAGAUCACAUGUGGUUCCACCAGGCACGAGUCAGGGAUGUUGAGUGGCUCACAGGGCUGGACUUUUACCAGGGUAGCAACCGACCAGUCCCAGAGCUGCUGAGGGUGAAGACCCGCCCCACAGCAGCCAUUUACAGAAAACAAUAAAAUAACCCAUAAGCACUCCUUUAGUUAUGUCAUGACACUGGUAGCACUGGUCAUCAGUUCAUCAAUGAAUAAA